CAAGAAAUGGAAUCUUGGUCCGACGGAGAGAAAACCUCUCGAUGCAAAGCCACUGGUUCAGGCAGCCGUGAGGACUACGUAGAGAUCACGCUCGACGUGCGAGACGAAAGCAUCAGCACAUUGAGGCUGGAAAAAAAUAAGCCGAUGGCGAGUCUUCGGUCGGUUGUUUCCGGGAGGCUAAAAACGAUGGUUAAGUCGUUGUCAUUCGCUUCACGCCGGCUCGAUCGGAGCAAGUCCGGUGCUAUGUUUGCACUUAGAGGUUUGAGGUUCAUAUCCCAAAACGACGCCGUUGGCAGAGGCUGGGAUCAAGUUGAAAAGAGAUUCCAUGAGUUAGCCGUUGAAGGGAAGCUCCCAAAAUCUAAAUUUGGACAUUGCAUAGGAAUGGCUGAAUCGAGCGAAUUUGUGAACGAGCUUUUCGAGGCGUUGGUCCGAAGGAGAGGGACUACGUCAUCGUCGAUCACCAAAACUGAACUAUUCGACUUCUGGGAGCAGAUCAGCGGCAACAGUUUUGAUGCCAGGCUGCAAAUCUUUUUUGAUAUGGUGGACAAAAAUUCGGACGGCCGUAUUACGGGAGAAGAGGUUAAAGAGAUAAUUGCUUUAAGUGCUUCGGCUAACCAACUAUCAAAGAUUCAAGAAAAGGUAGACGAAUACGCUGCCUUGAUCAUGGAAGAGCUCGAUCGCGACAACCUCGGAUAUAUCGAGUUAUACAACUUGGAAACACUGCUUCUGCAAGUUCCUAGCCAAUCGAACAGCAAUCCAUCGUCGGCGAACAAACGUGCCCUCAACAAGAUGUUGAGCGAGAAGCUCAUACCAACAAAAGAGAGGAACCCGGUGAAAAGAUUUGCUAGAAACCUAUCAUACUUCUUCUCGGAAAAUUGGAGAAGGGUUUGGGUGUUAACAUUGUGGAUAUCAAUUUGCAUCGCUCUCUUCACUUGGAAAUUUCUCCAGUAUAAACGCAGAGCCGUGUUCGAGGUGAUGGGUUACUGUGUUUCCGUGGCCAAAGGAAGUGCAGAGACCUUGAAAUUCAACAUGGCUCUCAUUCUCUUGCCUGUUUGUAGGAACACUAUCACUUGGCUAAGGACCAAGUCCAAGCUUGGAUCCGUUGUGCCAUUUGAUGACAAUAUCAAUUUCCACAAGGUUAUCGCAUUUGGGAUCGCUAUUGGAAUUGGCCUACAUGCCAUAUCUCAUCUGGCAUGCGAUUUUCCGCGUCUGCUGCAUGCAAAAUAUGUAGAGUUUGAGCCAGUUAAAAAGUUUUUCGGAGACGAGAGACCGGACAAUUACUGGUGGUUCGUGAAAGGGACAGAUGGGUGGACCGGAGUAACUAUGGUACUUCUAAUGCUUGUGUCCUACGUCUUGGCCCAAUCGUGGUUCAGACGCAACCGGGCCAACCUACCAAAAACGUUGAAACGGUUAACCGGCUUCAACGCGUUUUGGUACUCACACCACUUAUUUGUUAUCGUUUAUGUGCUUCUCGUCGUGCAUGGCUAUUUUAUUUAUCUCUCCAAGGAAUGGUACCAAAAAACGACGUGGAUGUAUCUGGCUGUUCCAACGAUACUGUAUGCGUGUGAAAGAUUGAUUCGGUAUUUCAGAUCAGGUUCCAAGGCGGUAAAGAUUCUGAAGGUUGCAGUAUAUCCAGGAAAUGUACUUUCGCUUUACAUGUCAAAGCCUAAAGGGUUCAAGUACACAAGUGGCCAGUACAUAUAUGUCAACUGUUCUGACGUCUCACCAUUACAAUGGCAUCCGUUUUCAAUUACUUCGGCUUGCGGAGACGAUUUCCUCAGCAUUCAUAUCCGUACCCUCGGCGAUUGGACAUCGCAACUCAAAUCCUUAUUUUCGAAGGUUUGUCAGUCUCCAACAACAAGUCAAAGUGGGCUCUUCGUAGCUGACAUAGGUCAGGCCAAUAACAUAACCAGGUUUCCGAGGCUCUUGAUUGAUGGUCCAUAUGGAGCACCGGCACAAGAUUACCGAAACUACGACGUAUUGCUUCUGGUAGGUCUAGGGAUUGGAGCGACGCCAUUGAUUAGCAUACUCAGGGACGUCCUUAACAACAUCAAGAACCAGAAAUCCAUCGAACAAGGCACUGACCACAAUGUCCGUAGAAUAGUAAGCAACACAAAGCGAGCUUAUUUCUACUGGGUCACAAGAGAGCAGGGAUCAUUGGAAUGGUUCAGUGAGGUCAUGAACGAGGUAGCUGAGUAUGAUAGUGAGGGGAUCAUUGAGCUACAUAAUUACUGCACGAGCGUGUAUGAGGAAGGAGACGCCAGGUCAGCACUAAUCACGAUGUUGCAGUCACUGCACCACGCCAAGAGCGGCAUUGACAUCGUCUCGGGUACUCGUGUCCGAACCCAUUUCGCCCGACCCGAUUGGCGCAGCGUCUUCAAGCAUGUCGCUGUGAACCACGUCAAUCAACGAGUUGGGGUUUUCUACUGUGGGAACUCAUGCAUCAUAGCAGAGUUGAAGAGAUUGGCUCAAGAUUUCUCUAGGAAAACGACGACCAAGUUUGAGUUCCACAAGGAAAAUUUUUAA